GUAUCUCGCCGAGCGUCGCGGCGAACGGUCGUCGGUGUGAGCGCGCCGCAUUUUUUCUCCCCGCGAAAAGUUUGCGUAACUUUUGUGAUUUGCUCGUUCGGAUUUCGAACGCGAGCCCGCCGGCUGGAGCGGGUUGUUGUGCUUGUUGACAGUUUUAUUUGGAGUGAUUUGUGUUUGGAUUGACGUUGCAGACGCCACUCAGCUGAUUGAGACAGUCCGUAGCCGACGCGCGAUGUCGCUGCCCACUCGGUGCCUUCCGAAGUAGUCUUAUGGAAGUUACAUUAAAGCGUGCACCUGAUGACGGCUGAACAUGCUUGGCUAGCAGCAUGAGUCGCCGCGCGCCCGGCCGGGGCCUCGCCAUCGGCGUCAUCCAGAUCAUCACCAUCAUAUGUCAAGUUCUGACGGAAGACCCUCGCUUCGCGGAGCCCAUCCCCAACGUGACGGUGGCGCUGGGCCGCGACGCCAGCCUGCCCUGCGUCGUCGAGCACCUCGGAACUUAUAAGGUGGCGUGGAUCCACAUCGACCGUCAGAUGAUCCUGACCAUCCACCGGCACGUGAUCACGCGCCUGGCCAGGUUCAGCGUCUCGCACGACAACGCCAUGACCUGGCUGCUGCACGUGAGCCAGGUGCAGCAGGAGGACCGAGGGUACUAUAUGUGCCAGGUCAAUACCAACCCGAUGAUCAGCCAGGUCGGCUAUCUGCAGGUUGUUGUGCCGCCUAACAUCCUGGACUCAGACAGCACGCAGUCAGCGGUGGCGGUGCGCGAGAACCAGAACACGAGCCUGGUGUGCCGCGCCGACGGCUUCCCCGCGCCCAAGAUCAUGUGGCGCCGCGAGGACGGACAGCCCAUCUCUGUGGACCGCCGGAAGAAAGUGACCGUGUACGAGGGAGAGCAACUGAGUCUGCAGCGCAUCAGUCGGACAGAGAUGGGUGCAUAUCUGUGCAUCGCUACUAACGCGGUACCGCCCUCCGUGUCCAAGAGGAUCAUUGUUGAUGUUGAAUUCUCCCCCAUGAUCUGGGUGCCGAACCAGCUAGUGGGCGCUCCGGCCGGCACCGACGUGACGGUGGACUGCCACACGGAGGCGCACCCGCGCGCCAUCUCCUACUGGGUCUACGACAAUGUGAUGGUGCUGCCGACGAAGAAGUAUGCUAUUAAUACUGAGGAGAACUCUUACAGGGCGCAUAUGAAGCUGACGGUGCGUAACCUGCAGGGCGCGGACUUCGGAAACUACCGCUGCAUCAGCAAGAACUCGCUCGGGGAGACCGAGGGCUCCAUACGACUGUAUGAAAUACCCAUGCCGUCAACCUCACCAAAAGCGACAGAAAUGAAAAGUAAUGCAAAUAAAGAAAGUGCGCGGCGGGCCAAUCAGACGCGGGCGCCGACGCGCUCGCCAGGCACGGAGCGGCCGAGCGUCCUGCGCGCGCAGCUGGACCGCGCGCCGGAGCGCGACGCGCAGCAGGUCUACCGCCCCCCGCACCUGCAUAGCGUCUCAGGCGGUCGUCAGUUGAGGUGCUGGCGACAACCGUUCCUCGUGGUUAUACUCCUCGUACACAUGGACCUUGUCUGAUCUUAUAUCACCUGAAAUCUUUAAGUUCAAUAUACUUUAAAGCGAACCACAGAA